CCAACAAUUUCCAACUAAUCUUUCCUACCAAAAAAUUCCUCUUUCUCCGUUUCAUUUCAAACAUUCUGUAAGCAACAGAAUCAGAGUCUCUCUCUCUUUUUGGCAACACCAUAACCUCUCAGACCCCCUGUGAUCCCACUCACCAUUCAUUUUCCAGUUCAUGGUUUUGGGUACUCUGUAUCUCUCUGUAUUAGCAUUUGCCUAUUUGGCAACAAAAGUAAGCCAAAAACUCUGAUCUAAUUGGACAAUGAAAUCUGCAAUUCCAAGUGUUUCGGAGUUCUCAAGGUUGCUCAUCGUUGUCUAGGCGGCUUAACAUCAAUAACAAAAAUGGCAAAGAGAAAGAGCAAAAAGAAACAGAGUUCGACUCAAGACCAAGCAGAGAAUUUACAAGAGCAGAUAAACGAAGGAACAAACGAAGAAAGCAACAAAAAGCAAAAUCCUUACGGAGUGAUUGUGUUGGGAGUCUAUAUGCAUUGCCAAGGAUGCGCAGAUACAAUUACGAAGUACCUCAGAGGCUCUGACGGUGUUGAGCAAAUCGAGAUUGACUUGAAGAAUCAUAAGGUAACCGUGAAGGGUAAAGAUGUUGAUCCGGAGAAUGUAGUGGAGAGGCUUCGAAAAAAAUCCAACAAGCACAUCAGUCUUAUCUCUCCCAUUUUGGAAGGGAGAAAAGAAGAGGGGAAGGAAGAGAAAAAAGAAGAGUCUAAUGUGGUAGAAGCAGUGCUCAAGAUUUACAUGCAUUGUGAAAGUUGUGCAGCCGAUAUCAAAUAUAGCAUUCACAAGAUGCAAGGGGUGCUCGCUGUGGAGACAGAUAUGAAAAACUCGCAAGUGAUUGUGAAGGGAGCGUUUGAUCCGAAAAAACUUGUGGAUUUCAUCAACAGAAGGGCGGGGAAGAAUGCAGUGGUUGUCAAGCAAACGCCGGAUAAGAAGGAAGACGUGAAGGGGAAGAAAGGAAAGAAAACCGAAGGCGAAGGGGAUCAGAUAUACCCACCAGGACUUGUUUAUGCCCCUCAGAUUUUCAGCGAAGAGAAUCCUAAUGCUUGCUCUGUGAUGUAGAAUCCAGAAUUGCCCAUGUAAAUAUCAGGUGCAAUUCGAGGUUUGAGAAAUUGGAUCCUUGGCAGGGAGCUCUGUCAAAACCUCCAGCAAAAUAGAGUCCACUAGACACCUUAAAAUAAAUUAUGGUCUACGUAAACUAGUCCGACAACCAAUUGUAAAAGCAAAAACCUUGAGAUAGCGGAAAUGUUUCUGAUCGAAAGGUUUCAUGUCGUUUCUUUUGGUUCAGCGAUUAGGAGUGUCCUGGUCAGCUUAUAUACAGCUAGACUGAUCCGUUGCCAUAUCCAAUCAAAAAUAGAUCAUCUACGUCGGAAGUGCUUUU